UAACGAUGACUUAAUUAACAGAAUUUUAGUGUAGACCCACUUUAUAAAAACUAGUCAGAAUAGAUACUUAAUUUUGUCAAACUAAUAUACACGAAUUAGUAAAUUUGAACUCACGAUAUUAAUCACAAAGUAUAUUGUUAAUACACAAAGACAACAAACAAAGAAACUCGUAUAGAGAAUGUAAUUUGUUGAGAAUAGCAGCUAAUUUUGUGCAAAUGAAUAUUGAUUCUUACCGGCAUUUCAUAAACGAAAGGCUUCAAGCUUUCGCUUUCCAAUUUGAACAUUUUGUAGAAUUUGCUAUAACAACUGUUGGAAAAAUCGGGAAAGAAUUAUCGGAUCCUACCAUCACGUGGAAAAGUCCUAUACAGUUUACUUCACUUCAGUGGACUCUGUUUAAACUGCUCUGUAUACUUUUAUUGCUUACUUCGCUAUUGAUUGGUUAUUCUUGGAAAGUGUAUGGUAAAGUUAUUACGGAUAAAUUCGUUAGACCAAGUACCCUUAAAGAAAUCGAAGAACUCAAACUGUCUGUGGCGAAAUUAAAGUUGCCUAAAGAACAUUCUCCUAGAAUUUAGAGUUCAUUAAAAAAUGUCUAAAAUUAAAAGAUUCUUCUCAAAGAAGAAGGAGGAAGCAGCCU